AGCUCUUCAAGAUCCUCCCAGGGGUGGGUUCAGUAAACACACCGUGUGGGAAGAGAAAGGAAGGGAAGAGAAGAGAGUAUAUACAGUAGUGCGAUUCCGGCUGUGAAAGUUAGCCGCACCCCCACCGAGUGAAAUGAACACCAUAGUGAUCGUGUCUGCUGCCAGGACGCCUAUUGGGUCCUUCAAUGGGGCACUGAGCAGUGUGGCACCUUCUGAUUUGGCCGCUGUGGUCAUUAAGGAUGUCCUAAAGAGGGCUGAUGUAAAGCCUGAUGAGGUAUCUGAGGUCAUCAUGGGACACGUCCUCACUGCAGGCCAUGGACAAAACCCCACACGGCAGGCUAGUGUUGGUGCAGGAAUCCCGUACCCUGUGCCUGCAUGGAGCUGUCAGAUGGUGUGUGGAUCUGGUUUAAAAGCUGUGUGUCUUGGAGCUCAGUCCAUCAUAAUGGGAGAGUCCACAGUAGUGGUGGCAGGGGGCAUGGAGAGCAUGAGCCGGGCACCUCACACUAUGCAGAUGAGGUCAGGAAUAAAGAUGGGAGAUGCCACCCUACAGGACUCUAUAGUGGCUGAUGGACUCACAGAUGCUUUUCACAACUGCCACAUGGGUAUCACGGCGGAGAACGUGGCUAAGCAGUGGGGUGUGACCCGUGAAGCUCAGGAUCAGUAUGCUGUCACCUCACAGAGCAGAACUGAGGUGGCUCAGAAGGCUGGUUACUUUGACCAGGAGAUUGUUCCAGUUACUUUACCUUCAAGGAAAGGUCCAGUAGAAGUAAAAGUUGAUGAAUUUCCUCGCCACGGAAGCAACACUGAUGCCAUGUCCAAGCUGAAGCCCUGUUUUCUGAAGGACGGGUCCGGCACAGUCACGGCUGGCAAUGCAUCAGGAAUAAAUGAUGGGGCUGCAGCUACUGUGCUCAUGAGCCAAUCAGAGGCUCAGAGGCGUGGUCUGCAUCCAAUGGCACGAAUAGUCUCAUGGGCUCAGACUGGCCUUGAUCCAUCCAUCAUGGGCACAGGGCCAAUUUCAGCCAUCAGAAAAGCAACAGAGAAGGCUGGUUGGCAGCUGCCUGAGGUGGAUCUGUAUGAAAUCAACGAGGCCUUCGCUGCUCAGUGUCUUGCAGUACUUCAGGAACUUGGCCUGAACCCUGACAAGGUUAAUGUGUCUGGUGGCGCUAUCUCUCUGGGUCAUCCUCUGGGUAUGUCUGGCUGCAGGGUGCUGGUGACCCUCCUCCAUGCACUUCAGAGAACAGGAGGCAGGAAGGGUGUUGCUGCACUGUGUAUUGGAGGAGGAAUGGGAAUCGCUAUGUGUGUGGAGAGAAUUUAAGACAUCCUCAAACAUACAUGUGCAAACCAGCUGCUGUUCCAGGAAACUGGCUCAGGUCUUACAAACUUACAUUAAUUUGUUGUAAUUGUGUUUAAAUUAUAUUGUGGAAAAUAUAUGGUAUAUUUUUUUUAUAAUUCGCUCAUCUCAUAUAGUUACUGAAUGGGGUAUGUUUGAGUUUGAAUCAAUAAACACUGUUACCUUCAUAGAAAAUCAUGUACAUGUUUACGUAAUUAGUAAUGCUUGGGGUAAGCUGAGCAAGACUGGAUUUGGUAGAUAAUAAAAAUGAUAGAAUAUUGUUAAAUUAAAAUGUAACAAUAACCAUCCAUUUUAUCUCUAUAAAUAAUAAUAGAAAUGUUUUGAUUGUAGAUGUAAACCACAGCUUUCACUCUGGGUAUCAUAAGAUGUAAAUCUGAAUACAAAGCUAUGAGAGCUUCUACCAUCAAACAUUCCAUUUAAAUAAAGUUAUCUGAAACUUUUAUUCUAUAUUCUUUCUGUAGCACAGAGCUGCUUUGUUUACUAUACUGCCAAGUCCGAAUUUUACUUUUACAAGUAUUUACAGAUACGAACGAUAUUUAUCAAUGAAGAAAUGUCUUCUUUCGUAGACUUAUUUGCCUUAGCCUAUAUAUUAUAAUGUGCCAUAAAGCUGUAUUAGCUUCAGUCCUGUGCUUCUUCUUCACAGCCUGGUGAAUUCUGUAUAUGAAAUACUUCAUGUGCUCAAGGAAAACAUGUUUACAUGCUAAACUCUGCUGUGUAUCUUCUCAGAGAAUAAAAAAAUCAUCACCCAUGUCA